UCUUCUUCUUCUCUCUUCUCUCUGCCCCCGACUGUGAUGUGUUCAUAGCAGCCUUAUCUCCGCUGUUCACCAGUCACGUCUAUAGGGCUGAUUGUCAUCUUUUACAGAGAGACCAAUUAAAACCACAAAGGAGAGAGGCGUUCUACAGCCACUGACCUUCACCUAUCUACUCACUAAAAGCAUCUAAGUGCAGUCCUGUGCGUGACCAGAGGAGGACGCUGUUUUGACACUUCUACUCUGCCCCCUGAUAAAUAAACCAACAGGUCUUUUUUCUUUUCUUUUUUUUUUCCUACACAUGAUUUAAAAGACAAAGGCAGUUGAAUUGGUGCUCUUUGCUUACUGCUUUUGAAAUGGCUGCAUGGGAGGUUCAUGGUUCUCUAGAUACCAAAGAAGCAAAAAACUUUUCUUCUCCAAUCGCAAACAAAUCGUGUGUGGGCAUGGAGUGCUACAUGGUCCUGACAAAAGCUGAGAAGACAGCGAUUGGCUCCAUCUGUUUUCUGGCUGGUCCUCUCACCUUUCUGGAGAACAGUGUGGUUCUUUUGGUGAUCCUGUGUACAGCAGCCCUCAGGCGGAGGCCGUCCUACCUGUUCAUAGGCAGUUUGGCUCUGGCCGAUGUGUUUGCCAGCUGCUUCUUCACCACCAGCUUCUUGGACUUCCAUCUGUUUCGGCGCAGAGAUGGGCCCACAGCGUACCUCUUCAAGUUAGGAGGAGUCACGAUGGCCUUCACCAGCUCUGUGGGCAGCCUCCUGCUCACAGCACUGGACCGUUACCUGUGCAUCCACCAGGUGUCCUCAUACAAAGUGCUUGUGACGCGGCGCAGAGCCCUGCUGAGCCUGCUCAUCCUGUGGAGUGCCACCACUUUCAUCUCUUUCCUGCCUCUGAUGGGCUGGAGGUGUCCCACGGGCCUGACCCACCCAUGCUCACGCCUCUUUCCCUACAUCAACUCGGCCUACCUGGCCUGCUGGACCAGCUUUAUUCUGGUUCUCCUGGCUCUCAUUUUAGGAGCCUAUGCUCUGAUCUUAUGGAAAGCCCACCGCCAUGAGGCCUCUAUGACCAGCUUGCAGGUAGCAGCAGCAUCAGGACAGGCCCGCAUGAGAAUGGACAUCCGGCUAGCUCGAACAUUUGGGCUCAUUCUGCUUAUCCUAGUGGGCUGCUGGCUCCCUGCACUGUCCUUCAUGAUAGUAGACGUGUGUGUAGUGCUGAACCACACUCAGCUCAGGGCCUUUGCUUUCUGUAGCACACUGUGCCUGGUGAACUCUGCUGUCAACCCUCUGCUGUACGCACUACGCUGUCGAGAGCUCAGGGAGGCUCUGGUGCAGCUCACUCAUAAACUGUGUGAAAUGGGCAAAUGUAAAAAACCUGCAGAGCACCUCUCUCCAGAAUCACAGGAUGGAGCGGACAUGAGCUGUACAAUCCUGUCAGAGAAUGAGCAUGAGGUGCUAAGCACCUCACAAGCAAGAGCCUCACAGAUCACCUCAGUGUCUGCAAAAAUGAACAACACAUAAACUCAUAAAGUUCAGCAAUAUACAAGUUUAAAUGACAAACUUACAGAAUGCCCUCACUGGUGUGUUGAUGAGAAGUUUAUUAAAGCUCUGUUUGAAGAUAUCACACUAACAACACACACAUGCAAAUAGUAGGUUUUUUGUCACAAAGAUACUUAAAAUAACUGUUCAACAUUCAGUUAGAAGCAAGUGAGUGAACAUUUUGUUUAUAUUAGGUUACACUGAGGAAUUACAAUCUAAUAAGAAUAAUUUAGAUUACACUUUUAAGCUUCUCACUAUGUAUUUACCUCCAUAGCCACAGUCUCCAACCAUCAGUCACACAACAAUCACUCGGGCAAGGUGUUUUGCUAAAGGACAGUUUGACAUGCGCUGCUGGAGUCAAAUUGCCAAUCUGCUCCACACUCUGUGUGUACUGAAAGCAGACUGUAUGUAAAUGUACACAUUUCUGUUUGAAGUGGUAUUCUCUUUGUUUUUGGUCUUGAAUAUGGAUUUGAAUAUGCAUAGACAGAUGGGUGCUGGGUGCCUUUUCUAAACGCACACAAAUGCCAGGACAUCACAAAGACUCAGGACAUGGGGGUUUUCCAUGUGCUCUUCAUGUGCAUUCAAGCAGUGUACUGCAAAGGAAAAUGAAAGAGGACUGGCAGCCCACAGUGGAACAACUGGCAGCUACAAUACACACAUACAUAGGCCAUACAAAGCACAUAGGCUUUGAGUGCUUGCCUUUCUAUACACUUGAAUGCUAAUUGUUUUGAUUUGUUAAAAGCCUUUCUUAGUUUUGUAGUAUAAUGUUAAAAACUGGCAGUUGUUCUGGAAACAGGGUCAAAAAUCCUAAAUGACCCACAAGCCUCGAACAUGACCGGUGCAUGUGUAAUAUAGCCUACACCUAAAUAGGCAAGACUACUACAUGUGAAAAAUGUUGAGCAGAGCUUGUAAGACCGGUCAUUUAUCCCAAUUGUACACCAGAGUUGGUUCUUCUUCUGUUUAUAUACUGUUUUCUGUAUGUUCUCAAUUGCUAUUAAACGUCAAAUAUUGACUUCA